AGUUGAAUAAACCACAGACCUAUGGUACCAGAACGAGUACCGAUUACAGAAGUACCAUCGGCAAUACCGCCGGCCUCAUCGUCGUCAUCAUCGACUCUGGAGGUGCCACUGACGACACUAGCAGGGAGUGAGAACAUGCCGGGGAGGAGCGCUUUGACAGUGGUCCCUGAGGAUCUGCCAGCGAUAAAAUACCGUCACACGAUGAUACUGGUCUCUCGUGGUCUGUACAGUCGUAGAAUAGCAGAGAUGGUUUGUACGAGUCACGAGGCGAUGGCAGUGUCUCAUAGCAGAGAGAGUGAGGAUGAUGAUGAUAGUCCUAAGAAUGAACAUAGUGCUACUACUGAGGAGUCUAGUAACAACAGCUCUGUCGCUGCGACGGAUGGUGGGAAUGUCGCCGACUCUACUACGCCCACUACUGAAACAUGUGCUUGCAGGAGGAGAAAGUCUAGGAGGGAUAAUAAGAAAUGCUACUGUGCAUUGUCCCAGUCUGCUUCAGCGUACCCUCUGCAGCAACAGACGUCGUCUGUGGUGCCGAGCACAGGCCCAUGGGCCCAUAAUGCUUCGGUCAGCUCUAGUGGUAUUGCUAGUCCGAGCGUCGCGGGGCUGGCUCGAUCGGGCACCAGUGAGAGCGCUAUCAGUCUGCAGCCUAGAGGGACCGCUUCCUUGGACCUUCGGCGAGGCUUCUCGGGAUCUAUGGCGGUUAUCAGUAGGAUUGCCUUUGAAUCGGUAUCUCACAAAUACUCAGCUACUAUCCCCAGAUUAACUAGUUUCUCGGCGGCUAUCAAUGCAUGUCUCAUAUUCGUCUUAGCUGCAGACCUGCCUCCUUCCGGCCCAGGCCCAUGGGCUCCCGACUCACCGCGCAGUGAGGGCCAAGCCCAGUCGUCGACACCCUCUUCAGCUGGGGUAUCUUCUGACGUAUCUGGAGUUGACCUUGGUGUCUGCCGAGUGAGUGCUGUAGAGGGCGUUGAGUGCGGCUGUUUUGGCUUCGGCUUUGGACAUGGUCGCCACCACGAUGGUGGGAAUACCGAGGCAGUGCAUGGUAGAAGCUCUAGCAAUGAAGUUGAAGUCCGAGAUGAUGAACGCAUCGUAGG